CCAUAUACACAUGCACAAGCACUCUCUCAGGAGAGAGAGAGAGAGAGACUAUGCAGACAGGACAUCUGGUAGCCUUUGCGCUCCAAGUCUCUUCAAUGAUCAAAAUAACUCUUAUCGAAAGAUGAGAACGCGUCACACCAAAGUGCGAUGAAACCUGCUUGGGAAAGCGAAUAGGAAAGAUGAUAAACGAUCAAAGACCUCGCACAUGCACUUUCUGGAGACAACAAAUAUUUUCGGCUUUGGGAAACUCUGCAGAUUAGCUCCAUCUUGAAUGCGAAAUGACAGGAUCGCUGAGCCUCGCUGCGCGUACAAAUGGAUAUUAUUUUCCCGCGUUCUAUUUCUCUCGUUGCGCAUUUUCGCGCUUUUUUCUCUGUGGAGGCGGUUGGAGUGUAACGGGUUUUCUUCGCGCUGGGCACCUGUUGUUACCUUAGUUAGACGGAAUCAGUCACGAGUCCGUGCAACAUCCAAAACCAACAGAACAGGCAACUUCACGUACAAGGACCGGAUUCCUCUGCGAAUAGUUCGAGCCGAGUCUGAACUGUCACCGCUGGAAAAGGCCUACCUGUGCGCUGUGGAGAAAGGUGACUAUGCCAGCGUUAAACAAGCGCUGAUAGAAGCAGAGAUCUACUUCAAAAUCAACAUCAACUGCAUCGACCCUUUGGGACGGACAGCUCUGUUGAUUGCCAUUGAGAAUGAGAACCUGGAAAUUAUUGAGUUGCUGCUCAGCUUCAACGUGUACGUGGGGGAUGCGCUUUUACACGCCAUACGAAAAGAAGUGGUGGGGGCUGUGGAGCUGCUUUUGAAUCAUAAAAAGUCCAGCGGAGGCAUGCAGGUGCCUCCUAUCCUGUUGGAUAAACAGUUCUCUGAUUUUACCCCUGACAUAACGCCCAUCAUCUUGGCCGCUCACACCAACAACUAUGAGAUCAUCAAGAUGCUGGUUCAGAAGGGUGUAUCCAUGCCCCAGCCUCACCAGGUGCGCUGCAACUGCAUGGAAUGUGUGUCCAGCUCAGACGUGGACAGCCUGCGACAUUCCCGAUCCCGUCUCAACAUCUACCGUGCCCUGGCCAGUCCCUCGCUCAUCGCCCUCUCCAGCGAAGACCCCUUCCUGACGGCCUUCCAGCUCAGCUGGGAGCUCCAGGAGCUCAGCAAGGUGGAGAAUGAAUUCAAGUCCGAGUAUGAAGAGCUUUCCCAGCAGUGCAAGCAGUUCGCCAAAGAUCUGCUUGACCAAACACGCAGCUCCAGAGAGCUUGAACUGAUUCUGAAUUACAGGGACGAUAUGAAUCUCCUGGAGGAUGAAGGGAAUAAUGAUCUCGCCAGGUUGAAACUGGCUAUCAAGUACCACCAGAAAGAGUUUGUAGCACAACCAAACUGUCAGCAGCUGCUCGCAUCUCGCUGGUACGAUGAGUUCUCAGGCUGGAGACGCCGCCAUUGGGCCAGCAAGUUCAUCACCUGUAUGUUCAUCGGAUUCCUCUUCCCUUUCUUUUCACUGCUCUACCUGAUUGCUCCCAAGAGCCAAUAUGGCCUCUUCAUCCGGAAACCCUUCAUCAAGUUUAUAUGCCACACUGCUUCUUAUCUGACCUUCCUCUUUCUCCUGCUGUUGGCCUCCCAACACGUACACGUGGACCGUGUGGACGAUCCAGAGUCCACCAAGCAGGGUCAAGAGUCCACCAAGCAGGGUCCAGAGCCCACCACUGUGGAAUGGAUGAUCCUACCCUGGGUUUUAGGAUUUGUAUGGGCUGAAAUUAAACAAAUGUGGGACGGUGGCUUUCAGGAUUACAUUCAUGAUUGGUGGAACCUCAUGGACUUUGUCAUGAAUUCUCUGUAUCUGGCCACCAUCUCAUUGAAGUUCGUCACUAACUUUAAGCACUCUGACAACUACGGGGAGCGGGCGACAUGGGAGAUGUGGCACCCCACCUUGAUCUCUCUCGGCCGAAUGCUGCUGGACAUCCUCAAAUUCCUCUUCAUUUACUGCCUGGUGCUGCUCGCAUUUGCAAAUGGACUUAAUCAACUGUAUUUCUAUUAUGAAACUAAAGGCAAAACGACAAAUGACAUCAUAUGCAAGGGUAUCCGCUGCUCAGAGCAGAACAAUGCAUUCACCACCAUGUUUGAGACAUUGCAGUCAUUGUUCUGGUCUAUAUUUGGUCUUGUUGCCCUGCAUGUGACCAAUGUUGACGCCAAACACGAAUUCACUGAAUUUGUUGGAGCCACAAUGUUUGGGACCUACAACAUCAUCUCUCUGGUGGUGCUUCUUAAUAUGCUCAUUGCUAUGAUGAAUAAUUCCUACCAACAUAUUGCUGAUCAUGCUGAUAUUGAGUGGAAGUUUGCCAGAACUAAACUUUGGAUGAGCUACUUUGAGGAGGGUGGCACGUUGCCUCCUCCUUUCAACAUCAUUCCAAGUCCAAAAUCAGCGUGGUACCUCGUCAGAUGGAUCAAGACCCACUGCUUUAAUGUUAAACGCAGAAAAAGAACAGAGACGUUUGGAUCACUUGGGAUGCGUGCUGCCGAAAAUGUCCGCACAAACCGCCAGUACCAGGAGGUACUUAGAAACUUGGUUAAACGGUAUGUGGCAGCAAUGAUUAGGUAUGCCAAAAAAGAAGAGGGAUUAACUGAGGAGAACUUUAAGGAACUUAAACAGGACAUCUCAAGCUUCCGUUACGAGGUGAUGGGAAUGAUGAAGGGCACUAAGACUGGUGUGACAAACUCAAAAGGGAACACAGGAGCUUCAAACCUAGUGUAUGCUGAUAACCCUCUGAAGAGCAAUUCUACUUCAGCUGAAAGUCAACUAAAAGGCAAAAUGAGACUGCAGAACAUCGUCACCUCUGUGAUCCAGGGGGGCGGACCCAAAGCCAACCCCUGGAAGCCUGGUGGCCUAGCGGAUGGUUUCAUCUCAAAAAAGACUGUUAGCAAUCAAAUGACCUGCAAAGAGCCAAACAACCCAGGAGAGAUUUACUCUGUGUCAGAAGAAGCUGGUGAAUCUGAGAGUGAAGAACAGGAUGAUGAUGAACAGGGAGGAAACGGGAACCAAAACAAUGAAACACAGAAGGACAGAAUGAACGAGACUUUGCAAGAGGAAGAAGAAAUGUUAUAUAUGCGUUAUAUGUGUGAUGAAGAGAUGAAGGAGGAAAACUAAUAUGAAGGAAGCAGAUUAUAAUGGCAUUCACACUUUGAAAAAUUGACGAAAGAAAGAGAAAGAUACUGUUCUCCUGAACUCUCUCGUUUCCCAGAAGCAGCUGUGGUGAAGAUCCAGUGCAGGGCGCUGCGUCUGUAUGAUCUGAACAUCAAGUGUUGUUCUGGAGUCUCAGGGAUGAUUGCCACUUUUAGGAGAAUAUGGGGUCCAACGUUGUCAUUCACAGUGAUUUACACUCUCAAGUGUGUAAAUGCUCCUGUAGUUUAUCGCUGCUCUGCUCCUCUUUCUGCUGAAUCAUAUAUGAAGGAGCAAUAGCCGACCCCUUGCUAUUUUAGACUUUUCAUUCUGCCUUACUCUGUUAGAUUUAGCAUUUUAUGCUAUCUGUGGUUCCAACGUUAAGAGAUGUCAUUACCGUCAUGCAAUCUAAUUUCUUUAAUAAAGUUUACUAUGCAAAUAUUUACAACUUUUUACCUUUUUAGUCACGUUUUGCAUUGAGCAAGAGGCAGUUGUAUAAAAGAAGGAACUGGUUGAAGGGUGUCUUUUUAUAAACAUGGAUUAAAGUCCAAAGUAAACACUACAUAUCGAAGUCAGUCUGGUACAAUGUACUGUGUAGUCAUGUCUGUUUCCUCCUCCUCAUUUGUAUUCAUCCUAAAGAACAAGGAGAAUAUGGUAUUAUACAGUUUGCACAGUACAUAGUCCUUUAUGCUUCUAAAUGUCUUAGUCCAUCUAUCCUUGUUGUUUCCAUAGCAGAUUAUUGCCUCGUAUUACAGAUCAUGAAUAAAUGCACAAAUAUAAAUAAAUAAAUAAAUAUAUAUAUG